AUGACACGAUUCAGCAAAGCUAAAAGUAAUGACGAGAGUGAAGAAGAGAGCCAUCAACCUAAUGAGGACAGAAAAGGAAAGGUCGUGCCAGAGUCCACGAUGAUGAAGAAGGGCUAUCUGAGAACCAAGAUGAAUUCUCAAGUCCAAGGAUCUGAGUGCGAUGAUGACGACAUGCCUUCACUGAAAAGGAUGAGUAUUUAUGUUAUUAAGCAAAAACCUAACAUAAAAGGUCGGGUAAAGGAUUUGGAUUUAAACGAUAAUAAGGCUGAGAGUGACAGUAAGAAUGUAAAAGAUUAUUAUGCUAAAUGCUUUGGUUUGUUCGGAGAAGACAAGAGCACAAAAGGAAAGAUUGCGCCAAAGUCUGGACCGGUACAGGAGAGUUAUCCAAGAGUUAAUGUGAAGUUCGAGCCCCGAAAGCUGAGAUGUAAUCAUGAUGACACGUUCUUACUAAAAGGAAUUAUGAGUGCAAUCGUUGAUAAAGAGCGGGAAAUCGGAUCAGGAAGCCAGCUAGAACAAUCUCGUAAGAUUACUCAAACUCAUAACAUCAUCGACAAAAAGCAUAAUCUCGAAUUUAUGUGUGCAAUUAGGUAUAAUGGAAAAAAAGGCUAUAAAAGCUUAAAUACUAAUAAUCCGGCCAUGAUAAAAGAAAUCAAAAAUGAACUGGGAAUUAUGAUAAGUAACGGGAACAGCAACUUAGAUGUCUGCACCAUUGAGUCGCCAUGUGACAUCCAACCAUCUGAUACACCACCACCAUGGAAGACCUGUUGA